AUGACCUAUUCUGAUUGUGGAUCAAAAAAUGUUCGAAUCAAUCGAUUAUCGUUUCAACCUAUGCCUAUUAUUCAACCAGGAAAUGGAAGACUUUCAUUUGCAAUUGCAGCUACUGAAAAACUUCAAGGUGUUAUUAAAGCUAAUAUUAAUAUAGUACGUAAAGUUGGUGGCAUUGGAUUACCUGUUUCAUGUUACAUUGUUCAAGGUGAAAAAGUUGGCUCAUGCCAAUAUGACGACUUUUGCGCUUUAUUGAAACGUGUCUUUAAAUAUGAUUCAACUAAUUGCCCAGCCGCUCUUACUCAACAUGGUAUUGAUUGCAAUUGUCCAGUGAAUAUUAAUAGAAAUGAUCUUGAUAUCGACAUGGAUGUUACUUUACCUGCAGCACCAGAAUAUGCAUCAUGGUUAAGUGUCGGUGAUUUUGAUGUUAAACUUCAAGCAACUGUUGGUCAAAUUGAGGGUUGCUAUAACUUAAAAUUUGCAGUUAAACCUGCUGGAAAACCUUAA